GCAAAUCUUUUUUGGGAUUUUUGACGCUAAAUCAGCUGUGGGAAUAUUUCGGCUCCGAACCCAAAUUUUAAUUAGAUUCUAAAUUUUUCCAGAUGGCUCAAUUAUUAAGAUAUGUUUUGAGCCCACAAUUAUACUCAAUCAUAUCCAAGCCUGACUAUUACACUCCAAAUUUUUUAGAAGACUCAGGCAACAUAACCUUAAGAAUUAUUGCUAUUUUGAAAUCAUUAACUAUGUAUUCUUCACCGAUUAUAUUGUUAUUCAUCCAAAGGAAUGGAUAUUAUAAGAAGAACCAUGCUUAUGUAUAUCUUAAAAUCACAUUUAUUCUCUUCUGUAUACUAACCUUUGGCAAUUUAUUAAGAGGGGCUGGGAGACUGUUGAAUUCCGAAUACCUCAAUUUUUUGAAAUUAUACGAUAUCUACCAAAGAUCGAAAGAUGCUCACGAAAGGACUGCCUUUUUGAAAAUGUAUGAUUUUGACACUAGAUCUUGGAAUCCUGACUAUGUGAUAACGGAAAAGCCCGACAUAAAAUCACAUUUUUCUCGCAAGGACGAAUCGGAUGAAGAAUACCGCGGUACCUUGCCCAAUUGGAAAAGGAUACCUUUCAAUAUUUUAAGUUACUUGGCCACUCAUUCAUUCGCUCUGAAAAUGGCUUAUCCAGGGUAUACUAGCAUCAUGAACUUUUUGCUGGGUAAUAGUCUCAUAGACGGGAGAUACAAUCUGCUCACUAGGCACAAAGGCCAACGUGCCAAGAUAAGGGUCUACAAUGGCGAGGACGUUGACACCAUGUUUAUCGAUAAAAGAGGGAACCCCGCUAAAACUAUGGGCGAAUACCUGAUGAUAGUAUGCGAAGGGAACGCGAGCUACUACGAAGUCGGAUGCUUGCACUCUUUCCUCGAUACCGGGUUAUCUCUUUUGAGCUGGAACCACCCUGGAUUUGGAGCUAGCACUGGUGAGCCAUUUCCCCAAACGGAGUUGACAUUCAUUGACGGAGUCGUUAAAUACGCCUUGAAUGUUUUGAAGUUUCAAGAGUCCAAACUUAUAUUUUAUUCCUGGUCAAUCGGAUGCUUCAGCGCCUCUUGGGCCUCCAUGCGUUACCACGGGAACAAAGCCCUAAUUUUAGACGCCGCCUUCGACGAUAUAUUGCCCCUCGCUAUCAAUCGAAUGCCCACAGCAAUAGAGAACUUGGUAACCUUUACCAUCCGAAAAUAUAUCGAUCUUAGGACGUUACAAUUUUUGAUAAAGAAUCCAUCCAAGAAUAUAAUCUUUAUCAGGCGCACUCAAGAUGAAAUAAUGAACAUGAUAGAUGGGGACGUUUCUUCUAACAGGAUCAACAAUUUAGUGCUUAAAAUUUUCAAAUAUAGGUAUCCUCACGUCUUCACCUCUGACGUAUUGUGUGCCGUGCGUAGCGUGCUAUGUAAUCAAACGGAUAGCCAAAAUGCAGUGACCUCAACCGUUUACAAAGGCUCGUUUUCUACCUUGACCCCUGAUCUUGCGCAAUUAAAUGGAAACCUCUAUUCGAUUGGCGAAUUUCCUUCUCCUUUAGGUACAGAUUUGCGAAAGGAACAAAAACUGGAUUUCGCGUUGGAUUUGGUAAGAAAAUAUUUAUUCGACUAUCAAGGUUCCCACUGCGAACCAAUUCCAAAGCAUUUCUACAUUAACAUCAUCUCAAAGUUGUUGGAGCCGGAAUCCUUGCAAACAAUUUAAAAAAAAGUUCUCUCAUCUCCAAUCGGAAGACAUUGUCAUCAAAACUAACAAUUUUCUUAUACUAAUAGACUUUUAUAUAAAUGUUCAUUUAUAUACAAUAGAAUUUUGUUAUUUUUAUACUACUUUAGCGAAUUUACUCUCUAUGUUACUUGUUAUUUGACUUUAUUUUAUGAAUUAAUAAUGUUACGUUUGUGUAUAAUAUAAUAAGUCUUCAUUUCAGUGUUGGGGUUAUGGGUACCCGUAGAAUUGGGUUAGGAGUAGCGCUACCCCCCCCCCCCCCUCUGAAUAAUUAUUUCGCAUUAAAAUAAAUGGUCUUUCAUUUAAAAUAGAUUUAAUAAUCUAUAUAAUAAAAGUAAUAAAUUGAAAUAAUGUUAUUACAUUUAAAUCUUCGAAAUCUUUCAUUGAA